UCGGAGCCAGAAGGUGAACAGUAAUUAGUGCGGCAGUGAUUCGUUAAACGUGCACCCUCGAGGAGAUUCUUUCGAAAUGUCGUCCCUUUUGAAUGCCACCGUUUUGGCAACGGCCGCCACCGCGGUUCCCGAUUCCCAGUUCGUUUUUAAUCCCACGGAUUACGCCGUCUUUGCUUUCAUGCUGGGCAUAUCCGCCGCAAUCGGAGUCUAUUUCGGAUUCUUCGCCAAGGGUGCGGACACCACCGAGGAGUAUCUGAUGGGGGGCAAGCGCAUGAAGACCAUUCCGAUUGCCAUUUCCCUGGUGGCCAGCCAAUUGUCGGCCAUCUCCAUAAUGACCAUUCCGGCGGAGAUGUACGCUUACGGGAUUAAUUGGUUUUUCAAUGUGGUUUGCAUGGUGGCUGUGGUGCCGCUACUCAAUUACGUGGUCAUCCCGGUCUUUUAUAACAACAACAUCACAAACUGCUACGAGUACUUGGAGAUGCGUUUUUGCCGAGAGGUGCGAGUGCUUCAGACCUUCCUCUUCAUAAUGACGAUGUUCUUCAUGCUGCCAAUUUUUAUUUUCCUGCCGUCGCUGGCUUUUGCACAGGUGACUGGCUUCAAUGUGCACAUUAUCAACACCGUUGUCUGCAGCAUCUGCAUCUUUUACACCAUGUUUGGAGGCAUUAAGGCUGUGGUCUGGACCGAUGUUAUCCAAGCCGCAAUUAUGGUUGUGUCGGUCGUUCUGGUGGGCAUAAUGGGCGCCAGUCGAGUGGGAGGGUUCUCCGAAGUUUUCCGCAUUGCCGGCGAGGGAGGACGUCUGGAUAUCAACUACAAUUUUGAUCUGACCACACGCUCCACAAUAUGGAAUGUUUUCUCUUCGGCGACACUGAUGUGGUCGGGAUAUGUGGGCUUGAACCAGAGCUGCGUCCAGAGAAUUGUUUCACUGCCAUCACUGGCUCACGCCAGAAGAGCCCUAGUCCUCUUUGGCCUUGGCUUCAUCCUGAUCAUGUUCUUCAACUGCUUCACGGGCAUUGUGAUCUUCGCCCGCUUCCACGACUGCGAUCCCAUCGAAUCGGGCCACGUCACCAAAGCGGACAAAAUAGUUCCGUAUUUCGUGCAGGACACAGUGGGGCAUUUGUGGGGCAUGCCGGGUGUGUUCAUAUCGUGUGUGUUCAGCGCUGCCCUUAGCACACUCUCCGCCAGCAUCAACUCGUUGGGAGGAGUGGUCUACUUCGACUACAUAAAACCCCACAUCCGGCACACGGAGCACAGGGCCAACGUGAUCAUGAAGCUGUUCGUGUUCUUCGCAGGAAUCUAUUGCAUCUUUGGUGGAAUGGUGGUGGAGAACUUCAACUCCAUUUUGCAGGUUAUCUAUUCGAUUGGAGGCGUUAGCUUUGGCUCCACGACCGCAGUGUUCUUGCUGGGAAUGCUGGUACCUAAAGCCCACGGAAGGGCUGCCUUGAUUGGAGUGCUCUCGAGCAUUGCCUGCAUGGCCAGCAUUGUGAUUCUGAGUUGGGGACGCAACCACUACGAAUCUCUGCCCACCAGCACCUCCGCUUGUCCAGCUCUCCCUUUGAACGGAACCAUCGGCACUUCCAGCACAGUUUCAUCCCUGCUCAUCAGUUCCACGACGGAAGCCCCGGAGAAAGACGGGGGAUUUAGCAUCCUGGAUCUCUCCUUCAACUUGUACAUAAUCUUUGGCUUCGCCAUCACCUGGCUGGUGGCUAUUCCUCUGAGCUACAUCCUGAAGCCCAGGGUUGAUUACAAACUGGACCCAAAGCUCCUGUCUCCGGUAUUGCAGCCCUUCGUAGAAUACAAAUUGACACCAGUAGAGGAACCCCACCAACUGCAGCUGGAAAAGCCCGAAAAGGUCUGAGGAUAGGGAUGUGGCUCUUAACCAUAAAAUAUGCUUCAUAAGUAUACUUAUAUUAUAAGAUACUCUUAAAAACAUCUAUCAAGUUAGAUUAUAAAGCCUUAAACGUUUUUUUAAUUUUCUAUUAAAUGUAAGCUGUAAUGCCCAGUUCUUAAAUGUUUCAUUAAAUGUUAACUUAACUUGUCUUAGUUUGUAGACACUAAAUAAAAUAAAGCUAAUUGGGAAAAACUUGAAAA